GCUUCACCCAGCUCCAUCCAGCUUCAUCCAGCUCCAUCCAGCUCCACCCAGACUCCAGCCUGAAGCAUGAAGACACUACUGAUCCUCACACUCCUGACUCUUGACUGCUUUCUGCUUCUUCGUCAUGUUGCUGCCGCUUCAGUUGCUGUGGACUUAUUGAGUAAAAGCAGCUGCUGUCCAGAGGAUAUCAAACCAGUAAUCAUCCCCAAGCACAUGGUGCAGCGUGUAGAGAUGAGCCCAGACCACUGCAAAACCAAAGCCAUGAUAGUCACAACUAAGAAGAAUGUUGUCAUCUGCGUUGAUCCUGAAUCAAAGUUUGCACAGAAGCAUCUGAAAGACUUCCUGAAAUCAACUCCACCACCCAACUCCACCACAUCCAGCUCCACCACAUCCAGCUCCACCACAUCCAGCUCCAAGAAGAAUUAAUGAAUGAAUGAAUCCAUCAUCACUGAGCUCAUGGAAAUGAAACAACUGGAAUUAGUUCUCACAUCUUUUUUAUUUUCGUAUUUUGGCCGUUUCAUCUGUUUGGUUUCUGCUGGAUGCUGGAGAUGGGCGCCGCCAUCUUGUACUGGGCUAAACCAGUUUUUUAUUUAUCUUUGUUUUUGUGCCGAGUGUGUAAAUAGAUUCACCGUAGUUGUGUGAUUGUCUCAUUGUAUUUAAAAGUCUGGCCAGGGACAAAGAAGCAACAAGUCUUAAAGACAUGACGUCCUCCCAGUCGUCUCUGGUGAUGUCGUUUGUUUUGUCCCUG